AUGUCAGGGAAUCCAUUGUCGUCGAUGUCAACCGGGUUGGACAGUGAAAAUCCAAAGAUCGAUCCUGACACCAAACUCUAUAUAAUUGGUAAAUAUCUCGAGAGCAUAAACUCUCCUCGCUACACCAACCGUGGAUCAACUACUAAAAAUAAUGUAGACCGGAUUGCUGAUGAAGUUAAAUCUUUAAAAGAUCAACUGAGGAACAAACAACAAACCUUUACUGCCAAACAUGCUACUACACACGCAAUCCAUAAAUUCAUUUCUGACAUCAACUAUAGCCUUCGUGACAGCCUGAUAGUAGGAGCAGUAUUGCUGGACCAAGAAAAAGCCUUUGAUUCUGUUUGGAUCAAUGGGCUGAUCUACAUCUUGGUAUCCAACAACUUCCCCACAGGACUGGUGAAUUAUUACGCCAACUACAUUAAUAUCGGUAACUCCAUAAUGAACAAGUUAAGAUGUCCCGACGACGUGACCUGCGCAAACAUGUGCAGCUCUGGUUAUAUACCACCUGAAAUAUUCACUUUCUGCGAUCGUAAAGGUGUAAUCCAAAAUGAACGCAAUGUCCCAAUCAUAUACCAUGAGAAAAGACAUUGUAUGAAUCAUCGAAUCAACAUUGACUCCAACGAGUACAAUAACCUAGACUUUUCUUUGGCGUUACCACCAAUAGAUACAACAACUAACUUCGAAGUAUCGAACGACUAUUGGUGGUUAUCGCGAGAUCCAGCACACAUAGAUGAAAUAAGAAGAAGAACUCUCUCGAAAAAGCAAGGACUGCGAUUAAAAGCAACUCGAGAAUAUUCUACAAUAGCAACUUAUCAAUCAAAGCUAAACUUAUAUUUGCUAAUAAGACCUCUUAUUACUUAUGCAGCCCCAAUGCUAUGGAAUAUGGGCCCGACAGUGAUGGAAAAAUACCGUAGAGUAGAGAGAUCCGCGCUCAGAUCGUGUAUACGAAAAUACAGAAAAGCUGAAACAGACUACCGAGAAAGAAUCAGCAAUGCCAACAUCUACAACAUGGCUAAUAUAACCAGGCUAGACUGCUUCUACCUAAAGCUAUGCCGCAACUACUACGCUAGCUACCAAAAUAUUGGCAACCCAAUUAUGACCAACGUACGCUGUCCAAGUGAUGAAAUCUGCACUGAUAGAUGCUCAACUGGAUAUUUAACUCCAGAAAUGUUCACAUUCUGUGAUAAAAUGGGAAUGCUUCAGGAUGAACUUAACUUACCCAUCAUCUACCACAUAAAACGUCACUGCACCUGCAAAAAAAUAAAUAUUGACAAUGAACAAGAAAAAAUCUUGGAUUUCUCCAAAGCAUUACCAAAAAUUGACAUUAAAGACAAUCACAGAUUGAACGAAAACUACUGGUGGCUGAAAAACGACGCCAAAUACAUCGACGAAAUCCGAAAAAGAACGACUUGGAAACAAUAA